AAAGAAAACAAUAAAGAAAUUGGCAGUUUAAAUGAUGAAAUACCAAUUGAUGAUUGUAUUAUUAUCGGUUCCUUAUCACCACGAAAGAAUUAUGUCGAUAAUUCAGCGUUAAGAAAAUAUAAUUAUAAUCAGGGUAAAGUUCGGGAACGUUUAAUAACUCUUCUGAAUGCAUCAGGCCUUCGAGUGGGUUUACCGAAAAGUGCUUCCAUGAUAUUUUCACAAUCAUUACAUGAUGUGGUAUAUGAAGCUAGUGCAUCGUUGUCAUCAUCAACUGAAAAAGUGCCACUGGAACAUGUCGGCGGUGAUAUUGAUACAGCAUCAUCACUUAAUGCCCCAGAUCCUUCACUUACAGAUUCAUUUCCUCGAGUUUUUCGCGAAUUUGAUUUCUUGGAGGCAGAACAUGAUAGUGUAUCUGAAUCAACAGAAUCAUGUUUCAACUGGUUGUCAACUAUGCGGCCACGAUCAAUAAGUAAAGUUAAUAUGGAAACUGAUGAGCAAUAUCAAGACGAUGAAUAUACCGAGAUUGCUAAUGGUCAAAAUCAGCAUUCAUCCAAUGCAUCGGAUUCCCUGGAAGCAUCAAGUGAACGAACGCCAUUACCAUCAGAAAUUCGAAGUGAAGCGUCGUUAUCAGAAGUUGAAAGUUCUUGCGAUGACGAAAUAAAUGAAGAGGAAGAAUAUGCUAUGGGUGAUGAACAUCAGAGAAUGGUAGAUACAUCCUCCAUAGCCGAAUCAGUUCAGUGCAAUCAUUCAGAAAUAUCGGAAGUACAAACAUCUCAUAAAUUACGCUUAUUUUUUGAAUGUAAUCAUCAUUCUUCAUCACAGAGCGAACAACAGUGGCUAUCAUGUUUAUCAGAGAUUGCAAAUGAUACUACAGCCGAUUUAACCUCACAUGCUACUAUCUUAUUUUCACAACUGUUUCGAGUGGGUUUUUAA